AUCAAUUCUUAAGGUUUGAAAACUGUAAAGAAGAUGAAUUUUCGUAAUCUGAUAGCAUCCGGUUCUCGCCUCGGGAGGAGGUUCUGUGCAACGGUCUCCUCUCCGGCGUCGGCUGGCGUCGAAGCCUAUGCUUCUGCUCCGACGGCCGCGUCAAGGCAGCGAGAGAUUUACAAUAAACUGUCGAAGCUUAGUGUGACGGAAGGGACAGUGCCAGAGACGUUGAAUCAGUUCAUCAUGGAGGGCAUUACGCUCAGAAAACACGAUCUCUUUCGCUGCGCCAAGCUCCUUCGCAAAUUUCGUCGCUAUCAACACGCCCUUGAGAUCUUUGAAUGGAUGGAGAUGAGGAAAAUGGCAGUAUCUGCCUCCGAUCAUGCGAUUCGUUUGGAUCUAAUCGCAAAGACGAGAGGCUUGGAAGCUGCUGAAAACUACUUUAACAAGUUAGAACCUUGUGCAAAGAAUCACCAGUCCACUUAUGGGGCGCUCAUGAACUGUUACUGUGUGCAACUCCAGGAAGAGAAGGCAAAAGCUCAUUUUGAGAAAAUGGAUGAGCUCAAAUUCGUUAACAAUUCGUUACCGUUUAGUAACAUGAUGUCAAUGUACAUGCGGAUGAGUCAACCGGAGAAAGUACCUGUGGUUGUUGAUGCGAUGAAACAGAGGGGUAUAUCUCCAUGUAGGGUCACUUACUCUAUAUGGAUGCAAAGCUGUGCAAGUUCAAACGACUUUGACGGACUUGAGAAGAUUAUAGCUGAAAUGGGCAAAGACAGUGAAGCUAAAACCACUUGGAAUACUUUCUCUAACCUUGCAGCAAUCUACACUAAAGCUGGUCUUUUCGAGGAAGCGGAGUCUGCGCUGAAAUCUAUGGAGGAGAAGAUGAACCCCAACAACCGUGAUGCCCACCAUUUUCUCAUUAGCUUGUAUGCUGGGAUUUCGAAAGCUUCCGAGGUUAAUCGAGUUUGGGAAUCGUUGAAGAAGGCUCAUCCUGAGAUCAACAAUAUGAGCUAUCUUGUUAUGUUACAGGCUCUGAGUAGCCUCGGCGACGUUGAUGGGAUUAAGAGGAUUUUCACAGAGUGGGAAUCGAAAUGCCAGGUUUACGACAUGAGGCUGGCUAAUAUCGCGAUUAACACGUAUCUUAAAGGAAAUUUGUAUCAAGAAGCAGAGACGAUUCUUGACGGUGCAAUGAAAAAAUGUAAAGGACCUUUCUCCAAAGCGAGACAGCUUCUGAUGAUUCAUCUAUUGGAGAACGGUAAAGUGGAUUCGGCUAUGAAGCAUUUGGAAGCCGCGGUUUCUGAUUCCGCAGAUAUCAGAGACCACUGGGGCUGGAGCUCAGAGCUGCUCAGCUUGUUUUUUCUUCACUUUGAGAAGGCUAAAGAUGUUGAUGGAGCAGAAAAACUCUGCAGGAUCUUGUCGCACUGGAGACCUUUUAUGGACUCUGAAACUGUGACCUUUCUUAUAAAGACCUAUGCAGCAGCCGGAAAGAUUUAUCCUGAUAUGCUUGAAAGACUGUAUCGAAACGAGAUGGAAGUAAGCGAGGACAUCCAAGACUUGCUUGAAAAGGUCUUUGAUUCGAAGGAGAAGAGGAAAGUGCCAUUUUCUGUCUCCGAUCAUGCAGUUCGUUUGCAUCUGAUUGCAAAGACGAAAGGCUUAGAAGCUGCUGAAAGUUACUUUAACAACCUUGAUCCUUCUGCAAAGAAUCAUGAGUUGAUUUAUGGGACACUCAUGCACUGUUACUGUGUGGAACUUCAGGAAGAAAAAGCAAAGGCUCAUUUUGAGAAAAUGGAUGAGCUCAAUUUUGUUAACAAUUCGUUACCGUUUAAUUACAUGAUGUCAAUGUACUUGCGGUUGGGUCAACCCGAGAUGCUGGAUGUGCUUAUGGAGGGGAUUAGAAAGAGGGAAGAAAUCUGUCCUUGUGGGAUGACUUACAUUAUAUGGAAUCAGAGGAAAGGUAUCUCCUUGUAUUGUGAUGAUAGGUAAUAAUUCUCGGUUUUUAGACCUAUGUCUCUUUUAUGAGUUUAAGCUUCUCUUUUUUUUUUUCCUUGGUCAAAAUUAGUAUAAGCUUUUUGGUCUAGAAAGCUCAGCUUUUGACAACUUGUGGGUUAAGAUCUCAACAGUGUUCAUAAUGAACCUGCAUUAGUUUGUUAAUAAUCGCUAGUUGAACAUUAUGUUUAGACUUGUGUCUCCUCGAUGAGUUCAAGUUUCUUGU